UGUCACUUGGUCACCAACACUUUCCAUUUACCGUGCUGCGGGCCGAGUAAGAGGGUAGAGAAAGAGUAUAAAGAGAGCACUUUGUGCACAAUACACCAUGCCGAGCAUCGCAGCGCAAGACGCAAAGGCCUUCGACGAAACGUCGGACGCGAUUGACAGUGUGAACGCACUCAAGGGACAAAUCUGGAACACCGCAUCCGAGUUCGACGCGUCGAAGGACAAGACACAGUUCCGACAGUACGAGGACGCCUGCGACCGCGUCAAGAAUUUUUACAAGGAACAGCAUGAGAAACAAACCGUCGACUUCAACAUCAAAGCCCGCGUGGAUUUCAAGAGCAAAAAGCGCGCGCGCAUGGGCGUGUGGCAGGCGAUGGAGAUGCUCAACACGCUCGUGGACGAGUCCGACCCCGACACGGAACUCUCCCAAAUUGAGCACCUCCUCCAGACCGCCGAGGCCAUGCGCCGGGACGGCAAGCCAGACUGGAUGCAAGUGACGGGCCUCGUGCAUGACCUCGGAAAGCUGCUGUUCCUCUUCGGCUCAGAGGGCCAGUGGGACGUCGUAGGCGAUACCUUCGUCGUGGGCUGCAAGUUCUCCGACAAGAUCAUCUACCCCGACACCUUCGCCGCGAACCCGGACUCUGUGGACCCGGUGUACAGCUCGGAGUAUGGAAUCUACCAGCCGCACUGCGGCCUCGAGAAUGUCAUGCUCUCUUGGGGGCACGAUGAGUAUCUAUACCACGUUCUGAAGGACCAGAGCACUCUUCCGGAAGAAGCGCUGGCGAUGAUCAGAUACCACAGUUUCUACCCGUGGCACCGUGAGGGCGCCUACCAACACCUGAUGAACGAGAAGGACCUGAAGCACCUGGAGGCUGUCAAGGCCUUCAACCCGUAUGAUCUAUACAGCAAGAGCGACGAGCGGGUUGACCCUGCGAAGCUGCGACCAUACUACGAGCAGCUGAUUGCGAAGUUCUUCCCUGCGGAGCUUGACUGGUAG